UUUAGAUGAUUAAGUGUCACUUUUGGGGAGCACUAUAUAAUGGCAGUCGGCAAACGUCCGUUCAAUAAACUCACGGGCAACGGGAAAGUCACCUGCUCCAUCCCUGCUGUCGAGAGAAGAAACCCCUUGCAAGACAUGGCACUGCGCGGUCAGAGUCUGACACUCCUGCUGCUGGCGACGGCUCUGCUCGUCUCCUUGAAUUACGCGCAGCACUACUCCCUGGAAUGGAAACCCGGGGGCAAACGAGACCUGGAGGUCAGUCACACACGAGAGCUGGAGCAGGAGCUUGAGCCGCCGAGCAACGCGUUCGAGUGCGACGGACCCGAAUGCGCCUUCUCUCGAGUGCCCAACACCAAGCUGAUCAGGGAGCUCGCGAGCUACCUCUCGCAGAGGAAUUAUGAUCGGAAAGGAGCUCUGAAGUAAGACCCCACGCAUCUCAGGGUGCAGAUGAAGACGACCAAGGCUCCGACACUUCGCAACAUUCCUCUGAAGCACGAUGUUUAGAAACCUUUCAAUGAACGCCCUUUCACCUUCGUCUUAACCACGUGUUAUUGCCCGUGACGUCUCUUCGACACGUUGUGUCCUUAAUUACAUUCAUCGCCGCUCAGCGUAUCGUUAACAUGAUUGUGACCGUACACAUUUUAUUUGUGCAGUACAUAGUACUAUGUUUCAGAGUGGCUGUCCUGUCUGUGGGUGGGAUACACUGUGCUAUGCGUGGCCAUGUAUAACAAGGAGGUGUUGUGCAUAAAUAAAAUUGUUAUAAACGAA